AUGGCUGCUGCCGACGUCGUGGCUGGCGAGGACUCGCUCAGCUAUCGUCUGCGCACGUCAAUGGAUGACUCGACAGAUCCUUUCGUGGACGACGGCCAGUCUCGACAGUCCUCCCACGCCCACCGCUACUCCAGCUUGGUCGACCCCGAAUCCAUAGCUAUGGGCGCAAGCAUGUCCCCUUCUCAAGUCAAACGGAGCCUCAUGGCGCAUCUUGCUGAAACCGAGCGACGCUUACAAGACACACAAAAGCUGGGAGAGUCUCUGUUGAUGCAGCAGUCCGAACUCAAUGAUAAGCUGCGCGAAGUGGAAGAACAGCAAGGCGAGGCAGAGAUUACGCCAGAGUUGCGACAAAGACUGGCUGAUCUAGAAAAGGAACAUAAUGACGUGGGAAAAGAGAUUGCGCGAGCACUGCUGGGCCCCAAAUCGCGAGCUGUCAGCGGAGAAGAAAAGCCCGGUAUGGAGCAGGCCAUCUAUUCAAGCCAGGCGACAGCGUCUCCGUCGAAAGUAAUGGCUCCUAGCCGACGUCAGCGCAAUCAGCCGAGCAAUCGGGGCGAUGAUUUGCAGUUUGCCGCUGAUAUUAGUACCUCUCUCCUCGCCCAAGUUCGACAAUUACAAAGCGCCGUGGUGGAACGAGAUGAACUCUUAAAGGAGGUCAAAUCCGAACGUGACCGUUUGGAGAAAGAUGCUGCUCUUUUCGCUCAGCGUCUGCGAGCCUUGGACGAAAGCGAACAAAAGUACAAGGACGAAAACUGGAAUCUCGAAACCCAAACCCAUGAACUACUUGCCGCUGCCCGUGAAGCUGCCGACCGAGAAAAACGGCUCAAUGCCAGCCUGGCCGCUGCGACCGCCGAGAAAAGCCAAAUGCAAAGUGAAAUGGACGAAGUGAGAGCCGCCCAUGAGAAAUUGACGACUGACCAUGCCACCGCAAAAAAGGCUCAUGAUUCCGAAUUGCACACUCUCAAGCGCACAAUAGAUUUGGGCGAUAGCGAGAGAUCAUCGUUGCAGCACAAGAUUGAGGAAUUGACGGCACAGAACCAGGAACUCGCCAGAGCUGUUGCUGCUCGCCUGCGUGGCGCUCAACCCGAUACGGUUCCCGUGAAUCAAGAGCAAGAAGAGGACUUGAGAGACCUUGAAUCCCUAGAGCAUUCACCGCCUCCCUCCCCUACUAAAGCUACCCCAAGGCCUGGAGCCUUGGAAUCGGAAACAUUACGUAGCUCUCUGCAUCAUGCCCAUCGGAUGAUUCAGAACCUCAAGAACAACAUUCACCGUGAAAAGACGGAAAAAAUCGAACUGAGGCGCAUGCUUCAGGAUGCGCGGGAUGAGCUUGAGCAACGACGGGGAGAGGGUUCCUUGGGGAGCGCAAGCAAGCGCCAGAAGACAAAGCCUGACCCUUUCAAGAAACCGGCACGACCUGAUAUGCUGGGAGGCAGUCGAAGGGCGCGGACCGACAUUGAACUUGAAGAUGAUGAUUGGGAAGAUCAUGCUGUCGAGACGCCGAGUCGCGGACCUAGUGGGAAACACCUGGCUGUGCCGUCUGCAGGUGAAGGAAUUACCGACACAAGCGAUGCAUAUCAUACCGCAAAUGAGACAGAAGGCAAUUUCGAAACAGCAGAUGAGAGACAUGCGACGGAGAGCGAAGACUUCCAAACUGGUGCAGAGAGUCUGGCAGGCGAUAGUACGGACGACCUUACCGAGACGGAAGAUACAGCCUCGCAUAGUCGAGGGGCAGGUUCCUCUCGCCGUCCACGACCCCUGACCUUUAAGCCUGCUGGAGAUCGGCAGUCAUUCAUUAGCACUGCUUCGACCUCUGCCGGAGAGGAGGAAGAGGAAGCCCUCAAAACGCCAGUGGUGACUCAAACUCACAAAUUCCGACUCAGAAAUGGACGUCAAUCAUUCGCUCGCCAAUCUCGAGUGCCAACAGAUAGCACACCCACCAAUCUGUACUCGGAACCUCUGUCCCAAGAUUCUCCGGCAACGGUCACCAGUGACCGUAGCCCCCCAGCCGCUGAGCAGAGCCUUUUUGCAGAGUUAGGCGGUCUCGACGAGACAGCAAGUUUCGGCACCCCGGGUAGAGCCAGCUUAGCCUCUGUCGCCUCUACGCCGGGCGUUGCUGUUUAUACACCAAACAGACAGCUAACACAGCAAGAGAUACCAAAAACCGCUGUCAAGAGUCCUAUGGUUGACGCUGCAACAAUGACUGAUUCAUGGGAGCCAGAACGAGAUCUAGCCGCUCAGGAAAGCCAUGCCGUAGAGCCUCUCGGGGAACCCCCUGCUGCGUUUGGCGAGAGAGCGCAGUCGCCAUUACCCUCAGACUUUCCACUGCCUCCAACAGUGCCGACAUCACCAGUGAAACAAAUCGACAGCAGCACGCAGUACACACCGCAGAGGGGAUUGCAAGAGAGCCCAAUCAGGAAUACCGCAUUCAUCACACCCCCGAAAACCAUUUGGGAUGAAGUUCAGAACCCGGAACUGAUUCAGACAGAAGACCCUGCUACGCCUCAACCACAGGCACCCACGCGGUUUGAAUUUUCAGCUGUAGUAAUGCAUGACACAGUUCCAGUGUCUCCAGAAACCCAACUCCAGCAUGCACCGCCACCACCCGAGCCGUUAACGUUCUCCGCCAUUCAGUCUCAAACGACUGAACCGGUCCAAACCCCCACUAAACCAGGCUUCCAGGGCGUCACGGCUUCAACACAGGCUGAUGAUCUUCCAAAUCGUCCACGAACGGCAGAAAAAGUCGCCGGAACGGGGCUCCUCGCAUCUGCUGCCGCUGCUUUGGGCUUUGCUAAAUCCAAGGAAAGCCAGAUCCCCGUAAUUGCAGAAGACGAGACGAGUGAGCCGGGGGGGAUGAUCGAAGAGUCUCUUGCUGAGGAAGAUGUUCCUUUGAAAGAUGUGUCCGGCAACAGAGGUCAGACUAAGGCGACAUUGGUAGCUGAAGUGAAAAGGUCGGGUGAGAUAGAACGACCGCCCAUGAUCUCCAACCAUGACCGUGGCUCUCAGACGCUGCUUACUGCCGAAGAGAUUGACGAGGCUCUUCGACCUAGGACUGCAGUCCCUAUUACGCUUCCACCAAACGGCGAGGCAGCACGGAACGUCACCAGCCCUCUCAGCCCGUCGAUGCCAGCGGAAGGAGCUCUUAUAGGUGAUCCAGACACAGUAGUCACCAUCAAACCAGCGCCGGAACUCGCUGCCAUCGCGCCAGUUUCAGUACCGUCUCCCAUCAAGCGACCAUCUAGUGUGUCAAGUCAGCGGCCAUCCAGCGCGGCAUCACACCCGCCUCUCCCAGCUGAUCACAAGGAAGCUAUCGCUAAGGCUAGCAGCCGGGUAACAUCGCCCACCAAAGAACUCGGCGCUUCCAGCCAGACAUCAACGGUUAUGGGCCCACCAGCUUUUCCUGCCUCAGCAAUGCGUCGACCACGAACACCAGGAGAGUCUAUGCGGUCUCCCACUCGCGACAGCAAUCAACUACGGACGUCCAAUGUUAGCCGUAACCAGCGUGGAACAGUCAAUUCCCAAAUAUCACGCCGUUCCUCAGUUUCCUCUUUCGCCUCCGAAAUAGAUGAACGCUUCAAUAUGCAUCAGACUGGACAAGUCUCUGCUCAUCAUUUUAGUACCGACCCAAGAAUCAUUCAAGCCAUUACGCAGACCAUGAUCGGUGAAUUCUUGUGGAAAUACACACGAAAAGCCGGGCGGUCUGAAAUGUCCGAGACACGUCAUCGUCGGUAUUUCUGGGUGCAUCCGUACACCAAAACUCUGUAUUGGUCGGAUCAGGACCCGCAGACAGCUGGUAGGAGUGAGUUAAAGGCAAAGAGCGUGCAGAUAGAAAGUGUUCAAGUCGUCCCUGACGACAAUCCCAUGCCACCGGGACUUCAUCGGAGAAGUCUCGAGGUGGUUACGCCGGGAAGACGCGUAAGAUUUACCGCGAGCACCGGCCAGAGGCACGAGACCUGGUUCAACGCGCUCAACUAUUUACUGCUCCGUGGUGAGGAGAGCGGUCAGGAUGCGGCCGGUGGAAAUGAAAUAACCCGAGAUGACUUGGACGAGUUCAACGUGAACGGGGCAGGUUAUGGAGCUACCUUGAUCCCAAGCAACAGCCGGAUGAGCCUCUCGAGCUACAACUCCCGUACAACUCGCGGCUCUCAUCGCAAUUCAGCCAUCCAACGCCAACAGCUCCCGUCCGGUGCGGCUGCAACCAGCAGCGCCACACGUGUCCCCCAAGACUCCACCGUGAGCCGCACAGCUCCGAAUUCCACAGUGCGACGAAGUCGGGCCGACCAGUCUCAAGAACCCGACAAAGACCGCACAGUUCGCGCUAGCAGCGUGAAUCGAUUUUCGCGAAUGCUGGGAUCGGUGACUGGACGGACGCCCAGAGUGAGUGAGGCGAUAAUCAACACUCCUACGCGCCCUGGCGGUACAAGGAGUGAAGGGGGCAGUAUCUACGAUGCCAGUGUUGUUAGCGACGGGCGGAAGGAUUCCGCAGAGGAGUUGAGAAGGGAGAUGCUGAGGCAGGAGGAGGCUGCGUGGAAUGGUGGCCUUGAGAAUGUGAGGGCCUGUUGUGACGGCAAACACGACGUCUCAACUCUAAGUCACAGCCACCGCCAUGCCUCAUCGGUCAGCCACGGACACAGAAAUCUUGGCUUGAGUAUGAGUCUUCGAGGCUCUAUGAGAAGACGAGAGCAAUCCAACACUCCAGGUCCCGCUACUGCUGCACCUACAACGACUCCCACGCGACAAGCGGCCGCGGCCACGGCGUCAUAG